AUGACCGGUCGAAAGCGCACAAACUCUGAAACUGAAAACGGCGAUAAUAACGAAACAAAGAAGCCAAGAGUCCAAAAAAGUUUGGAAGCUCCCUUUUCCUUCGAAACUGAGCGACUGGAAAAUUUCGUCCGAAUUGGCAGAGAAGAGGCACUUGCUGGAACAGCGAGCCGCCCAGUCAGGGUCUACUGUGAUGGAAUUUAUGACAUGUUUCAUGCAGGACAUGCCCGACAACUCAAGCAAGCAAAAGAAGCCUUCCCAAACGUCUACUUAAUGGUUGGCGUCGUCUCAGACGCUGUCACCCACAAAUUCAAGGGCAGGACCGUCAUGACCGACACAGAACGCUACGAGGCCAUCCGGCACUGCAAGUACGCGGAUGAGGUCGUCCAGAAUGCGCCCUGGAUCAUUGAUCAAGAGUUUUUGGACGAAAACCAAAUUGAUUUCGUUGCGCAUGACGAUGAGCCGUACACGAUUGGCUCUGCUGAAGACGCAUAUGGAUUCGUCAAGAAAGCUGGCAUGUUUCUUGCGACUCAGAGAACUCCGGGAAUCUCUACAUCAGACAUCAUCUGCCGGAUUGUUAAAGACUACGACGUCUACGUCCGACGAAAUCUCCGCCGAGGAUACAAACGAAAAGAUCUCAACGUUGGAAAACUUCAUGAAACCCGAAUCAAAGUCACUGAUUUUGUUGACGACUGUAAACAACAAUUGACUGAAACACGCGCAUCACUGACCGAUUUGGUGGACGAGAAGUCUGCUAGAAUCAACGAGUUUCUUCGCAAGUGGUUCACUCCUAUCAGUGAGGUGAUUUCUAAUGCAAUCAGUCCUUCUCAAACUCCGCCUCAAACAACCGAGGACAGCGAAGACGAAGAGACCCCUGCAGAUCUUCCUGGUGCUCCUCUGGAUACGUCGACUGAAAUCCACUGA